CGUACGAUGCGGGCGGAAGGGACAGCCAAUAAGAAGAAAGGAGGCGGAAGAGGCGGGAAGAGGCGGAAGCAGAGCGUCGGUUUCCAUGGGAACGCAGGACGCUGAGGGAAAGGCGGCAAGAGCGUCGUGGGAGCUGAAAGGAAUUUUGAGAGGGAAAAAUGAGUGAUCCUGAAGAAGAAGAAGAAAAAAAAGAUGAUUAUGAUGAUGACGAAGAAGAGGAAGAAGAAGAGCCUUACGCUCCUUCUGAUGAGUCUGAAGAAGAGGCAGAAAUGAAGUCUGAAUCAGAAUCUGAACCAGAAAAUCUACAGGAUCCUAUUUAUGCUUUGGCUCCAACAAUUAAUAUUCAAGAUGAAAGUUCCAUUGAUGUGAAUUCAUGUCCUGCGUUUCAGUGCCUUGAUGAGUUGUUUUAUGCUGGUGGGAUACCUGGGACCAGAGUGUCUGAACUGAAAGCAAAAUAUACCUUCUUGCAUGAGAUUCUAAUAAAUUUGCAGGAAUCAGAAAUUAAAUUAUUACAGGAUGCUAAACGUUUCACUGUUGAAAUAGAGCUGCAGGAACAGGAACUUGAAAAAGCUGAUCAAUUUCCAGAGGGAUCAACUUCAGAGUUAUCCAGACUGAGACAGCAGUACCUAAGAUACAUUAACGAAUACAAGGCUAUUCAAGAAAGAGAGUAUGAAAUUCAGUACAAACUAAACAGUUUACUAGAAGAUAAGAGUAUUAUUGAAAAGGAGUAUAAAAGGAUCCCCAAAGCUUCUGAGUAUGAGAAAAGAAUUAAGGCGCUGAGAGAAAGCUGUGAAGAGCUCCGUAAAGAAACCUCACAGAGGAGGCAAGAAAUUAAAGCACUCAAAGAAGAUCUGUCAGUAAGGCAAAAGCAUCUCACAAAAGAUCAAAAAGAACUUGGAGAAAUUCUGCGGAAGCAAGAAGAAACAAAAGAUGAGCUAGGCUGUCUCCAAGCCAUUCCUAUUCAACUUGGAAAGGAUAUGGAUAAAAUACACCGCAAAAUGAUAGAAACAGAAAAAAAGAAAAUGGCACUGCAGGAAGAAAUGCAAGAGAUACGUGACACUCUUAAAAAAAUAGAGGCCAAAAAUGAUGAGGUCAUCAAAGAGAAAGAUAAUGUGAUGAAAGAGGUGGAUGGAAAAAAAGCUUUGCUGGACAGCAAAGAGCGAGAGUUCUUUAACCUUACAAAAAUGUAUGAAAUGAACAAAGAGAAUGAAGGAAGUGCCAUAGCAGAAAGAAGUAUUUUAGAAAUGGGUCUACGCAACUGUACCCUGGCAAAGCAAAAGCUGCAUGAUACUUUGAGUCGCAUGCAAAGAGAGAGAGAGCGAGAUGCAAGAAAUUUUAAGAAGAUGGAGAUGCAAUUGAAAAUAGCACAAGAGUCUUUGACCCAAGUUAGAAUGCAUCAUGAUAGAAUGCAGUUGGAGGUAGAUUCUGUUCCAAAAGAUGAUGGAUCGCUAUUAGAAAGGCGAAAGGAGCUCCAGAAAGAAGUUGAAAGUAUUAAGAGAAACCUAGCCCAGGAGAAAACAUCAACAGAUAUUGAAGGGCGGAUUCUUGAUCAGUGCAUUGCCGAAGAAGACCAGCUUUUUAAGGCUCUGGAACACUAUAGAGAUGACGCGACUAACAUAAUACGUCUGACUCAACUCAAGGCUGACGAGAGGGAACAAAAAUCAAAGGAUUCUUUGAAGGCCCAGGUACGGCUCAACAACAUUAUUGCAGACAUAAAAACAAAAGACUUUGAAAUCAGGGAACAUAAGAAGAAGCAAAGAGAAAUUCUGAGACAGAUGAAAGAAUUUGCUAAAAUGUAUGAUGUUGUAAGACAUGAGAGAAACAAACUGGUGAACCUUGUACAUUGUGCUCGCCAAAAAACACAUGAAAUUAAAGAGAAGGUAAAAAUGCUGGAUAAUGAGACAGAAAUCUUAAGGAACAAUGUCAUAAUUAAAGAGAGAAAAUUGCAAAAAUACCAGCUGAAGCUGUCAAAUAAUGUUAAAGUCAAAGACAGCAUCCAAAGUGAUGUCCGAAAGCUUUAUCAAACGCUCCAGGAGAUGAAAGAAAAGCGAGAGCAGCAGCUGAUGGACGUAGAGAGGCUCACCAACAUGCUAACCCGGAUUGAGGAGGAAAUGGUCCAGUUGAAGAACAAAUAUGAAAGGGCUGUUCAGCGCCGAAAUGAGAGUGGAGUUCUGCUCAUAGAACGUGAAGACGAAGCAUGCCUUUGUAAUGAAAAAAUAAAUAUCCAACAGAUGAUGAGUCGAAAUGGUCAUCUUGAAGUUGGGGUGAUGGAUGAGAAGAUCCGCUUUCUGAAAUUGAAGCUAAGUGAGAAAAAAAGGCUAAUUGAAUUAUCAAUGAAGAUCCUUCCUCUGAAAAGAGGCCUAGAUGCUGAUUUGGUGGUCCUUCAGAUUCAGUUUUCCCAGUGCAAGGACAAAAUUAAAGAGCUGGAGAAACAGUUUACAGAUCCGACUGGUCAGAAAAGAGCAAGAGCUUUGCCAGGAAAGGACCCCUCUCAAGAAGAAUUGUUCAAAAAGAUCGAGGAGUUAGAAAUACAACUGGCACAAAAGGAAGAGAAAUUGCUUGAGAAGGACUUCAUUUAUGAGCAAGUUUCCCGACUGACAGAGAAAGCCAACACCAAAGUAGAGAACAGCAGGCAAGACACAUUAAUCUUAGGAAAAAAGAUGAAUGAACUUCAAGAGAAAAUAAAAAUUGCGACUCAAAAGAUGAUGGCAUUGGUUGCAGAGUUAUCUAUGAAUCAAGCUCAUGCCAUGAAACUGCAACAAGAAAUGAGAGAUAAAGAACAAUUUUUAAUGUGUGUCACCUCCCGGCUAGACAGCGGUCUUCCACCACCCAAGGAAGUAGAAACUGAGUGGUUAAAGAUACUGCGAAAUGAAGAAGUAUAUAAGGCAGCACUUGAUGCCAAAGCAAAACAUGCUGCCGAAGAGGAACAGUAUGCCUUAGUAACCAGCAUAUACACCACAGCUGAGCAGCGUCCCAAUGCCUACAUCCCAGAUGAAGAGAAUGUUCUCCCUCUGCCACGGCCCUAUGGAGCACUAGCGCCAUUCAAGCCAGCUGAGCCAAGUGCAAAUAUGAGGCACAUUAGAAAGCCAGUUGUAAGGCCAAUUGAAAUUUAAAGUUAAACCUACUGUGUUUUUAGUAUUUCACUGC